ACUUCCUCUGAUGGAAAUAAACACAAACACUGAACUUCCUCAGAGCUGCUGCUUCUGCAGGAGUCUGGGGUUAAAGUCUGGCUAUUCUAGCCAUUCAGGUUAUUUUAGACAUUUUGAAGAAAAAUAACCGCCAGAGAAUCUACAUUUGUUUGAAAUACUUGCUCCUUUUAUUUGAAUUUAGAGUUAGUCCCGUGUUUCUGUGCUUUUCUUUUACCCGGAUGCUCCAGUUUUAUCCCACUGAACACAGCAGAGUGUUGCUUUACUGCCAUCUAGCGGUGAAUGUGCAGAAUGCGGCUCGUUUGAACGAUGACGUUUUGUUAAAACCGUCUUUAGGACAAAAUCURGGUUUUAUUCUCUUCCUUCCUCUUUUGCCAAGUUGGCGCUGGAAAAGGUUGACGGAAUGAAUAAAUGAAAAGGUUCAGGCGAAUCGCUCUUCAGGGAUACCUUUGACAGAUCUCUGGACUCGUGCUGAUGACCUCGCCUGCCUGGGUCAAGUAAACACAGAUAAGCCUCAUAUCUCCAGCUGGAGCUCAGUGUCUGCCAUGAUCCUGACGGCUCCGUCUCCGUGCAUUCCUUCUGCCGCCACCGUCCAGCAGCUGUUCUCUGUGGCCCGAGACGCCGACCUCGUCCCGGACAUCUCCCUGGAUCCAGUGCUCACCACCUUCCUAUCCCUGGACUCGGCCGCCGCCCUGCAGCACCGGUACGGCUUCCUGCAGCGCGGCAUGAGCGGCGAGCAGCAGGCGGCCUUCCACCUGAAUCUCACCGCACAGCUGAGCGGCUGCAGGGUCGCGAAUGGAGGCGUAGGGGUCGUCGCCCUGGCCCUGUCCCUGCUGUUUGACCAGGUGGCCCAACAUGUCCGUGCUGCAGCUUCGCCGCGGGGAUCCGAGGCUCAGAGGGUGUUCGGCGUCAGCGCCUCGUCCAGAAUCGGGUCGAUGAUCCACGGCUACCUGCGCCUCGUCCCCGCCAUCGCCAACGACGAGGAGAAGAUGGCGGAGGCCGCCGAGCUGUACGACAGCUGGCUCAACCUAGAGCUGAUCGACCACUAUGAGAGGAUGACCACCAAGAAGAGGAUGAGCACAGAGGCCAUGCGGCAGUGGCUGGCCGGCGCCGCGUUUCACCUGCACCUGAGGAUCCAUCAGGUUCGCCUUCACUCUGUGCCGUCUGGGUCCAUCGAGUCUCUGCGUCUGUCCUAUAAAACGGGGUUAAAUCGCCUCGUUAGCGGCUACGUCGCCUAUUUACGUAAAAACAUUUUGGAGACUGAAGCGGGAGAAACAUUGGAGCCAAAACGCCGCAGCGUGGAAAACAGCAACACCUCCAGCAUCGGGCAUGUGACGGCUCACCCAGCUGGUGCCAACGCCAACUCGACGGAAGGCGACCAGAGGAGCUGCGGGCAGCCUGUGGGCAGAAAUGCUUCAGCGGCGCCGUGUUUCAGCCAGCUGGGUCUGCUGGUCAUCGAGCCGCAGAGGGAAGUCAGUCACGGCGUCCGGCAUCGACCCUGUGAGUCUGCGGCCAUCCAGGAGGCGCUGGUGACGCGCAUCAUGAAGGCGCAGGACCUGCAGCGCAGCAGGAACUUCUUCCUGUAUCCGGAGAAAGUCCUGCGAGGCCUGCUGAGGCAGAGGCAGCACUUUGAGCUGCGAGCGAACCGGACCGAGAGAAACGGCCCGCAGCCGCGGAGCCUCAGCCCGACGUUUCACAGCAAACUGCAAAUUAUGGAAGCUUAAGACGACGGAGGAUCAGGGACAGACGAAGAAAAUAAAACCACACAAUCAACAGAAUAAAGUCAUCAAAUUACAACUUUAUUCUCGUAAUAUUAUGAUUUUAUCAUCACAAUAUUACACUUUAUUCUUGUAAUCUCAUUUUUUAAUUCUUGAUUUUUCUUAGUGUGGCCCUAACACUCCGCCGCAUUUUAACAACUAAAAUAAAAAUAAAAAAACCUUUUAAAUAACAUAACAAAAUAGAAAAUUACAGCAAAAGAAAUUAUUUUCAAAUGAUUAUUUUUUGCUAUAAACUCAUGAAACAAAUUCUUACAUGCAAUCAAUCAAUGAAUAAAGUUGAUUAGUAUUGUACAUUCCAGGAACAAGGCUUUAAAUCACAGAAACGCAGACAUGCCUCAUAAAUGGUGACAUUUUUAGUUUCUUUUUGAUCUAUAAAUGACUCAGCAGGCUUAGCAGAAGGAAAAUAACACGGAAACAGAAAACGUGCACAAACAAGGUCUCACUGUAAAUUUGUAUCUGUGACUCCUUGGUUAAAAUAUUUUGAUUUUUUUUUCAGUGAAGUUAUUCGCACUGGAUUGAGAAUCCAAAAAACUUUAUCAAGUAGAGCUAGAAAUACUUGAUAAUAAUUUUACUCAAACAAAAGUAAAAUGUAUUCUGCAGUAAAACUACUCCUGAAAAGAUUUUCCCCCAAAAGGUCAGCCAGAAAAUGUAAUGGAUGCUCUUUGCAACUUAUUAAAAUUCCUUUGGGAUCAAUAAAGUAUUUUUGAAAACUUA